CUGGCACUUAUGAGAUCCAGUCCUGGCAACAUGGAGAGAAUAGUCAUCUGCCUGAUGGUCAUCUUCUCAGGGACAGUGGCCCACAAAUCAAACUCCCAAGGGCAAGAUCGCCUCUUGAUUAGAUUGCGUCAACUUAUAGAUAUUGUUGACCAGCUGAAGCAUUAUGUGAAUGACUUGGACCCUGAAUUUCUGCCAGCUCCAGAAGACGUAAAGAGACACUGUGAGUGGUCAGCUUUUUCGUGUUUCCAGAAGAUCCAACUAAAGUCAGCAAAUGCGGGAGAUAAGGAAAAGAUAAUCAAUGUAUUAACUAAGCAGCUGAAGAGGAAACUACCUGCCACAAAUGCAAGGAGAACACAGAAACAUGGACUAACAUGCCCUUCAUGUGAUUCUUAUGAGAAAAAACCACCCAAAGAAUUCCUAGAAAGACUGAAAUCACUCAUCCAAAAGGUAUAUAACUUAAAUUGUAUAUGA